AUGCAGUUUUAUCCCGAAAUGCUUUAUGAAGACAGCCAAGAGAUAAUUUUGACAGAAGCGGAAACUGUAUGGAAUGAGCUGUCUUUAGAACGCAAUCCAGAGGAAAGGAAUGAUGAAAAUCAGCGAAAUGAUCCAUCGUCAAAAUCAUAUACAGAAAACCAAAAAGAAAAGUAUGAAGAAAAUGUACAAAAUGAGCUUUCGCUGGAAUUCAGUAGAAAAAUCCAGAAGGAAAAGCUUGAUGAAAAUCCGUGGAAUGAGUCAUCACUAGAAUGCAAUACAGCAAACCAAAAGCAAAAGCAUGAUGAAAAUCUUUGGAAUGAGUCAUCAUUAGAGUUCAACAGAGAAAACCAAAAUCAAAAACGCUAUGAAAGGUUAUGGAAUGAGCCCUCGUUAGAAUACAAUACAGAAAACCGGAAGCAAAAGCAUGAUGAAAAUCUUUGGAAUGAGUCAUCAUUAGAGUUCAACAGAGAAAAACAAAAUCAAAAACGCUAUGAAAGGGUGUGGAAUGAGUUCUCGUUAGAAUGCAAUACAGAAAAUCAAACGGAAAAACAGGAUAAGCAGUUUUCUUUUGAUAGCCAAGAGAUAGUUAUGACCGAUGAGGCAAAUCCGGGGAACUAUCCAUCGCUGCAAAACAGUACCGAAGAUCAAAAAGAACCUUUGAGUUUUUCGUACAAGGAUAUCCCUGAAAAGAAUUUAAAUAAUUUCGGUAAAUUAACAAUUCGUAGCGGGAAUGACACAGAUUCUUCUCGAGAUGGAAUUUCAACUCCACUUCAGUUUGAUAAAUUUGUGAAAAGCGAACCAUGUAUUAUGCAGCAAAAGAAAUGCAGUGACGAUAUAGAAAAUUUGGGAAGUGACGAUAUUAUCUUAUAUGCUAUUUCGGAAAUGAAAAAAUCCAUUCAUUGCUCUCUACCAGAGCUAAGUUCCGUAGUAAAUGAAAAAGCAAAGAGUCUUCAAACAGAUGACACGGAAAGUGUUUGCAGAGAAGAUUUGAAUCAAAUUAGUAGCAAUUUUGACGAAGUUGUACUUGAUGGUGCGAUGGCAGUGGCAGAUGAUGAAGCUGAAAUAAUUUUGAAUUCAGAUGCAGAAAAUAGACAAGGCAAAAACUGCUUCAGCAAUGAAUCAAGGGAAAAUUUGAAUUCUCCACCAUUUGAAUGCGAUUCCGUUGCAAAUUAUUUACAGUCAAAUAGAGACAUAGUAAUGAAAUAUUUAAUUGAAAUUGUUACUAACCCUUCAACGCCAAAAGGAAAUGAUGUAAAUAGUAGUAGCAGCACGCAUCAAAGUGAACUUUCAACUAACAAAGUAUCUAAAGAGAUAAAAACAUUCUUCCAAAAAGGAGCAGAAUGCAGUGAGCAGGAGCAGGUAUGUACCUUCACACUACCAAGAAAAGAAUUUCACGAUCCCGAUUUGUUAAACAGUGAGAGCAACAUCCGAACAGGGAAUUCACUUGAGUUCGAAAUCAGUUUUGAUUCCGAAAACGACAAUUUCAAAUGUAAAUUCGAAAAACUAUUCGGAAAUGAAUCGUGCGUUUGCGAAUGCGACUUUACUGACGAUGAUCUCGAAAAGGCUGAAAGCUUUGAUUUCAUUCCUGAUGACAAUUAUGAGAUUCAACAAAAUGAAAUUAUUACAGACUCAUGCGACGGGGAACUAGAUGUUAAACGUCUCAUUAUUGACGAACGUGAUAUCAAAGACUUUGGCAGCAGAAGAGUCAAAGAAAAAGUAAAAAUAGUUGAACAAAAUUCAAUUGUUUCUGUAAGCAGAGAAGAUGAAAGUCAAGACGCGAGACAAAAGGCAACAACAGCUGAAGAAAAGUCAACUGUUUCGCUAAACACAGAAAUUAAAACUGAAGGAAUGAAAGAACAAGUAUCAACAGUUGAUUCAACUGCUUCGCUAAACAAGGAAGACGGAAGCAAAGGAGUGAAGGAACAAGUAUCAACAGUUGAUUCGACUGCUUCGUUAAACAAGGAAGACGGAAGCAAAGGGGUGAAGGAACAAGUAACAACAGUUGAAGAAAAGUCAACUGUUUCGCUAAACACAGAAAUUAAAACUGAAGGAAUGAAAGAACAAGUAUCAACAGUUGAUUCAACUGCUUCGUUAAACAAGGAAGACGGAAGAAAAGGAGUAAAGGAACAAGUAACAACUUUUGAAGAAAAGUCAACUGUUUCGCUAAACACCGAAAUUAAAACUGAAGGAAUGAACGAACAAGUAUCAACAGUUGAUUCAACUGCUUUGUUAAACAAGGAAGACGGAAGCAAAAGAGUGAAGGAACAAGUAACAACAGUUGAAGAAAAGUCAACUGUUUCGCUCAGCACAAAAAUUAAAACUGAAGAAAUGAAAGAACAAGUAUCAACAUUUGAUUCAACUGCUUCGUUAAACAAGGAAGACGGAAGCAAGGGAGUGAAGGAACAAGUAACAACAGUUGAAGAAAAGUCAACUGUUUCGCUAAACACAGAAAUUAAAACUGAAGGAAUGGAAGAACAAGUAUCAACAGCUGAUUCAACUGCUUUGUUAAACAAGGAAGACGGAAGAAAAGGAGUAAAGGAACAAGUAACAACUGUUAAAGAAAAGUCAGCUGUUUCGCUAAACACAGAAAUUAAAACUGAAGGAAUGAACGAACGAGUAUCAACAGUUGAUUCAACUGCUUCGUUAAACAAGGAAGACGGAAGCAAAGGAGUGAAGGAACAAGUAAAAGCAGUUGAAGAAAAGUCAAUUGUUUCGUUAAACAAAGAAAUUAAAACUGAAGAAAUGAAAGAACAAGUAUCAACAACUGAUUCAACUGCUUCGUUAAACAAGGAAGACGAAAGCAAAGGAAAUGACCCAGGCGCCGAAGAGGUUUACUGUACCAGGGAUUUUGAUUUUUGUGCGGAGGAGGAAGAUUGGAGUUCAUCUCAGGCAGGAGGGUCCAGUGACGGCGAAAACUUCCAUUUCCAUGAGGGCACAGAUGUAUCUUCGGCUGGUGAAUGCAGUUCUAAAUCAGGAUUGGUUUCAGCAAUCUCCAAUGGUUUUUCUUGUGGCAUUUCGGAAGCGCACGAGACACAUUAUGGUUCAACUAUCUCUGAUACUACGGAUGAAACAGCGGAAAGUACUGUCUGGAACACUCGCUUUGGUAGAGCAUAUGAGACACAUCCUGAUCCAACUGUCUCAGCAACUGGUGUUACUGAUAAAGCGCAAGAAAGUACUACCUGGAGUUUGACUGGUGGAAACAAAGUCUUUCGUGGGUUUGCCAGCAAUAUCGAACAAAAUGGAAAUGUUAUUGAUGAUUAUAUCAUACGACCUGAAAACGUUGAAAGAAAGAAUUCAUUGGAAGAAAUACCUGCUGAAUCUGAAAUGGAUCUGGCUUUAAUAAUCGUCUGGGUUGCUUCAGAUAUCCUCUCGCAGAUCCGAGUAGUUUCAAAUGCUCUAGGAAAACUUAUUUUGUAA